CUCUGCCUUUAAGACACGCAGAAGCUGCGGCAAAUUAUGUGCCAUUCUUGCUAUUUUACUGAAGUCUGAUUCCAUUUUUACAUUCGUUCUUUCAUAUGAGUUUUUGAAAAAAAAUUUAGCCUUGCUUCUCCAAGCUCCAUCCAUUGGUGGAUCGGCUAGGUGCGAGGAGGUGAGGUUUCACAAUUAGAGUCUGGAUUGAGAAAGAGAGAGAUCCCAACCACUGGUGCUGGGAAUGUUCUCCUGCGAUGGCUAUACUGUAGUAGAGGAUAAUGGUACCCUCAAGCUCAGCUGGAAGCCCGGAAGGACCCUCCCCUUGCGCAUCGCUUCUGCCCGGAGACCCACUACCGACCAGCACUGUGUGACUUCUUUCUGUGUAGUUGUGAGCUUUGAUUUCGUUAAGAGUCCCACCUGAUAAUCCCAAUUGAAUCUAAGCCAUUUUAGUCAUUUAAAUUCAUUUACCCCACUUCAAAAGGUACUGCGGGACCCACAAUAUGUGAUAAUGGAGUGCGGCUCCACUGUAAUCCAACUCGCACAGAAUCUCUCUCUCUCUCGCGCUCUCUCAGAGGAGGAGGGACUAGGGAGUAUCAACAGCUGAAACAUGGUUACCGUAUCCGUAUCUCUGUCUUCCUCACCACUUACCUGCCUUGUGAAGACGAAACCUUGCCAUUCUUUCAGGACUUGUGGAUCGUCCUCCAACCUCGUCUCGUCUUUAAACUUCCCCGCCAUACUCCUCUCGAGUAGAUUCCCUUCUUAUCAACGCCAACCCCUUCAAUUUUCGCCAAAUAACGCCGCCCGACUUCGACGAAUUUCUGCAUCAUCAGAAGAUGUUUUGCCUUCAGACACCCCAAUCGAGAAUGCCCAACAGAUAAUUUCCAAUGAAGACAGCGGUGUUUCAACAGUUGUGUCUGUUCUUCUGUUCAUCGCCUUCAUUGGUCUUUCUAUUCUUACAAUUGGGGUUAUCUACAUAGCUGUGACGGAUUUCCUGCAGAAAAGGGAGAGGGAGAAGCUUGAUAAAGAAGAGGCCGCAAAGAAGAAGAAGAAGAAGAGUGGGAAGAAGGGGAAGGUCAAGGCAAGGGCUGGAGCUGGACCCAGAGGAUUUGGCCAAAAGAUUGAUGAAGAUUAUGACGAUGAAGAUUAGGUUCGAUUUCUUACACGUUUAAGCAAACUCUGUUUCUUUUUCCUGGAGCAAGAUCAUUAGAAUUCAAAAGGCCACUAAAGCACCAUGGAAUGUUUUCAUGUUCUGUUUACUGGCGAGUUGGGUGAUUUCUUGUUCACCAAAAAAGAAAAGGAUGAACCAUUCUUUCCACUUUCUGUAUCGGUGAAUCUUUUGACAACCUUUGUCUACAGUUUGAAAGAGGGGAAGAAAUUCGUAAAGAAUUAUCUCCAUGAAAGUUCACUUGGAGCUUCUUUUUCUUUGAUACAAAAUUCCGACUCCUGUUAUUGCUUUUAGAUUCCCCAGAAAUUCUGCAGAGCUUGAGAUAGAA